AGUAAGUCCAUUAAAUUGCACGGCUCGUGCAAACGCGCGGGCACGAUGAAGUUUCAUUACAAAGAAAAACACUCUUUCGAAAGGAGGAAGGUCGAGGGUGAAAAGAUUCGACGAAAAUAUCCCGAAAGGGUUCCUGUAAUUGUUGAGAAGGCUCCAAAAGCAAAAAUUAGUGAUUUGGAUAAACAAAAAUAUCUAGUACCAUCUGAUUUGACUGUGGGACAAUUCUAUUUUUUAAUCCGUAAACGAAUUCACCUUCGUCCAGAAGAUGCUCUAUUCUUUUUUGUGAACAACAUUAUUCCUCCAACAAGUGCUACAAUGGGUUCUCUUUAUGCAGAACAUCAUGAAGAAGACUUCUUCCUCUACAUAGCAUACAGCGAUGAGAAUGUGUAUGGACACUAAAUUACACAAAAAUAAAAAAAAAACAUCCGAACAAAAGAGCAGACAACAAAAAUUUGCCAUCAAUAACAACGUAGUCCUUUUAGAAGCUUUUGGAAGUGUUAACAAAAUUACAUCUUUCAAUUAUUUGAGUGAAAUUUUAAAUUUUAGCAUCAUAAACUAAUUUUAACUUUGCUUCCUUAAGAUAAAUUGGACACGUUCGUCUGCCGAAUAUACGAACGUUGUAUUUUUGAUUCCGUCACUCACCGCUAAUCGGCGAAAGCUUAGGGAAUCAGAAUGUAAGAAUCAGAGCUAUGAUUUCUUUAUCAUAUCUAGCCUCAUAUUAUAAAAUUGGAAAAGCGAUGGAAGAAAAAUUUUCUUCAUGUUAAAAAAAAUAAUUAAUUAAUUCACAAUUAUUACAAAUAUAUUUACACGCAUUAACAAUAAUUUAAAAGUUACUAAUAUCUAGAAUGGUCUUAUGAUAAAUUUAUAACUCUGUAUAGAUGUUUUAUGUGAUAUAAUUUUCUUUUAUUUAGGCUAGUAUUAUUCUAUUCACGUGAUUCAAUAUUAUUUGAUCAUAACAAAAUGGAAAGAACUUGCUGAAAAUAUGGUGAGGUAAAAAUUUGUUGUAACGGCUGGAUGUGGGCCAAUAAAAAAAAUAUAAAAAUAAA